AAGGGAAUGAUAGUUGUCUAUCCGUCCUGAUUGAGAACUUGUUUGCAACAAGGCUGAUUCCGCUAAACACUUCUAUAAAUUGGUAGAUUUUUCUAGUGUUCUCAGUCGAGAAACAGCAACAGAAGGCUAACUUGAAACAUUUGCAAAAGAUUCAUUGAACAUCAUCAUGUUGAGACAGUGUAGUCAACUUGUGCUUCUCGUCUGCGUGAUGGCCGUUGGAGCUAUGCCUCAAGGUCAAACAACUACAGGUGGAGCGAACGUUGUUGUGCAACUAACGAAGCAGCAAAGGUGCAGCUUACCUCCGGUCGAACCUUCCAAUUUUAGUUGCUUCGCUUUUAUUCCAUCCUGGACAUUUAAUUCAACCACUGGAGUAUGUGAUAGUUUUGUGUAUGGAGGUUGUGGUGGAACGGCCAAUCUAUUCGAAACGCUGGCCCAAUGCAACGCGAUCUGUGGGCCCGAACCUACUGGCCCAGUGAUUUCUGCUUCUGUGUGUUUGCAACCAAAAGUCAUCGGACCUUGUCGUGCGUCCAUUCCAAGUUUCUUCUUCGAUGCAACAACUAGAGUAUGCACGCCUUUUAACUACGGCGGGUGUCGGGGCAAUGACAACAGGUUUGCAUCGGAACGUGCCUGCAGAUUAGCUUGCUCUCGCUCGGAUUUCGAUUCGGAAGAGAACCAAUAAGGAUUGACUAAACACAAGCAACUGCACAACCAUAAACUCCCAUGUCCCAUGCAGAAUUCCAUGUCAAAUUUAUAUUUUUUCUGAUAUAGUACUGCAAUUAUUCUUAGUAUGUUACUCUUUAUUGUACUCCAACUUAAUUACUGCUCGGUGUAAUUUGUAUAUAAAAGAUAUCGCCCUGCA